AUGCCACCACCUGCGCCCAAAGAACAGUCGACUCUUAUCGUCGGCGCGGGCACUUUCGGCCUCUCGACGGCCCUCCAUCUCGCAGGCGCUGGGUACACGAAUGUCACUGUGCUGGAUCGCGCCGAUUCCAGCCCCUCCCCUUACUCUGCCGGGAACGAUCUGAAUAAGAUUAUGCGCACCGAGUAUGAGGAUGAGUGGUACGCGAACAUUGCACGGGAAGCUAUGGACGCCUGGUCUACUCCCUUCUGGGCCCCUUACUACCGCGAGACCGGCUACGCAGUCGUCGUCAGUCCAGAAGCCCCCGCAAAGGCGAAAACGACUCUGCAGAAAGCCCUCGCCUCGAUACAACACACCAAUGCAGAUGCCAUUCUUCCCGUUACUUCCCCUGCAGAUCUGAGGAAACACGUCCAAGCGAUCCCGCCUGGGCCGUUGGACACAUUCAGCUCUCGCCGGCCGAGGCCCGUGAAUUGGCAAACAUCCCCGUCAUCAACUGCCGAGAUAUUGGGUUUUUUAUUCGAGCCCGACGCCGACACCGGACUGCUUAAAAUCGUGGCAAAUGGCGCUGGUUACGUUAAUCUCAAGAGCGCAGACAGCACAGUCUCUCUUCCGACGGAGUCGAACGAUGGCAUUCCGGCCGCUGACGAACUUCUCAUCCGCCGUCUUCUCAACGAGACUUUUCCCCACCUGGCGCAACGGCCGCUGGUGAAGCCGUUCAUCUGCUGGUGUGCCGACACUGCGGAUUCCGAUUAUAUCAUAGAUUAUGUCCCAAACACGGGCGGAAAGGACAGGAAAGCGGGUUUGAUAGUAGCGUCCGGAGACAGUGGGCACGCGUUCAAGAUGCUGCCCAUCGCGGGGAAAUGGGUGAUGAAAGUCCUCGAGGAGGGUGAGCAGAGAAUAGAGCGGUGGAAAUGGAAAGAGACUGCGACGUCAGGCUGGGACAAAGAUAUCUCUUGGCGUGUGGGUGACGUGCAGAAUAUUGCUACUCUCGGCAGGAUGACUUCCAACAUAAAAAUCGUGUGCCUUCCAGGAGAUUCUCGAGAACGCCAGACAGGACACCGCGAGACUUGCGCUCGAUUAAGAAUUUACCUUUUGAUCAUGCCAAAGCAUGUAGACAUCUGCAAAUCCUCGUUGAGGAUAUGCAGAACGUUAUGCCAAACUGAUAUAUGCGACGUCAUCAUCACCCCAGGCCUUGCCACGAUGGCCGAGAUCAUGGGCCCGAAAAGCCUGUUCAACCGCGAUUCUGGCACGCCGUACACUUCCCAGAUUGCGUGUUUGCUGGAUCAUCUCCAACUUGUCCAGCACAAAGCGUCGGUGCUCUUCGUCGUCCAGCCCGGCAUUCCCCACGAUGAAGAGUGGCCACAGAAGAGUCGCCGAAACCGGAACGGUAGAGAUCAAGUGUAUAAUCGACGAGACCAGAUGCCGCUUAUAUGGGGUUCUCAAAUUGGUAGCCACUGCUACAGCGUCGUCUAUGCCAGAAUUGUCCGGGGAAAGAGGGCUUCCGAUCCGUUCUCGAAGAUACAGCAACGCGGUAAGACGUUUGAUCUCCGCAAUCCGAAUGAGAUCUUUUCUGUUUGCCGAAUGGGAUGGCAGAGUCUGUCUCAAGUUGCGCAAGGACAACUCAAUUCCAUCAUGUGA